AUGCUGGACUAUAUCCUCGUCCGAAGGCGAGACCAGCGGGACGUGCUGGGGACGAAGGCGAUCGCGUGUGCUGAAGGGUGGACCGACCAUCGCCUCGUCAUGUUGAAGAUGCGUAUUCGUCUGCAGCCUCGCAGGAGACCACAAGGUAAGCGACCCCCAGGUAAGCUGAAUGUUGCCUUGUUGUCUUUGCCCGCUCACCAUCUUCAUUUCAGGAAUGAGCUCGCUCAACGGCUGUACAAGCUUCCAAUCACUGCCGCCGACGUCGCCGCCGCUGCUGAGAACGCCUUCGUGGACAGCCGCUGGUGAGGAGAUCCAAGGCUGCGCAGACCGCAACGAAUGGAAGAACUUCUUCUCCGCUAUCAAAGCUGUCUACGGUCCGCCGACGAAGGGCACUGCUCCUCUCCUCAGCGUUGACGGCAGUACUCUCCUGACUGAGAAGACACAAAUCCUGCAGGGAUGGGCCGAGCAUUUUCGAGGCGUCCUCAACCGCCCUUCCGCCAUCUCCGACGCCGCCAUCGCCCGCUUACCGCAAGUAGAGACCAUCGCGGUCCUCGACCUCCCGUUAUUUCUCCAGGAAACCAUCAGGGUCGUGCAGCAGCUCUCCAGCGGGAACGCACCCGGAUCGGACGCGAUCCCUGCUGAGGUCAACAAGCAUGAAGGUCCCCAAGUCAUGGAUCACCUGACUACACUCUUCCAGGAGAUGUGGCGUGAAGGCGAAGUCCCGCAAGAUUUCAAGGACGCAACAAUCCUGCACCAAUACAAGCGAAAAGGGAACCGCUAA